AUGCUUACUUAUCUAUUAUGUCUUUAUUUUAUUGAUACAAUGAAAUUAAUUAGAAAGUAUAUCACAACCAAUUCAAGAAAAGUUAUAUUUCCUAAUAGAACUAUUAAUGAUAAUGAUGGAAAGAAUAUUGUUGAAACAUCAUUAAAUAAUGAACAAGUUCAUAAUAAAACUGAUUGGCUUAUAUAUAAUGAAAGUAAUAUAGGUUUAGUGGAUAAAAUACCACAUAUAUUGAUUAGUUAUAGUCAUGAAGAGAAAGAUAUGGCAAUGUAUUUAAGUGAACAACUAGAAAAUAAAGGUUACAAGGUAUGGAUUGACUAUAAAGAUAUGAUGUAUGAAACUGAUGUAAUGGAGGGUAUGGCAAAAGCUGUAGAAAAUUCAUAUGUUGUUUGUAUUCUCUACUCUAAAUCAUAUAAAGAAAGUCUUCACACAAAAUGUGAAGCUCAAUAUGCUUAUCAUGAAAAAAAGCCAAUAUUAUUUCUACGUGCACAAAGAGGUUAUGUACCAGAUGGAUGGUUAGGUUUUAUGAUGGGAACACGAUUGUAUAUUGAUAUUUCUGGAAAAUAUCCUUUUGAAGAUAAAUUUAUUGAAUUGUGUAAAAGAAUAGACGUAUAUAAAAAGCAAUCCAUUGAUCAACUUAGUAAUCAUUGUCAAAAUAAACCAAUAGAAGUGGAUACCAAUUCAAUUACCUAA